CAAGCAUCCCUCCCACCAUGCCUCCACGAAUACAAAGCCACCGUGUUUCCAAUUCCCUUCUCCCCUUUCUCUCCUCUUCCUCCUCCACCUCUUCCUCUACCUUAUCUGCUUCUGCCUCAUGCUUAUCACGAUAUGACUUCUCCACAACAUCGGUCUCGCAAACACGACACCGCGAGACCAUGUUCAACUGGCUAAACAACGAGGGCUCCGUGUUCAAAUACCACGUCCCCGGUGAAACAAACUACGUCACCCGGCUGCAGAAGGGGAAUGACGCCUCGCAGUCUUCCUCGCCCGAUGUCGGCGUCGAGAACAAGAAGCCGUUCCCGGGCAACCAGGAUUUCGUGAGCGAGAGCAUCCUCAGCGAGGAGCUUCGCAUGGAGAUCUACAAGCGUGUUGUCGAGCAGAAGAAGAGCAUCCGUGUGGUCAGUGUCGAGCUGCGCGUAGACAUGCGGCGAGUGGGUGCUGUCAUUCGCUUGGUUGAGCUUGAGAAGCGAUGGAAGCAAUUGGGCAAAAACCUUGCACUCCCCUACGCACGCGCCAUCCACGAAAUGGUGCCGACGACCCCCUUAGCGACGGACGGCAACCAACCCAGCCACGAGUCGACCAACGACCUGCCCAUCCACCGGCUGACGGAGCCGCAGAUCUUCUACCCGGUCCCGGAGUCGCGACCCUUUACCCGUGUCGACGCCGGCCGCGUGUUCUCUGGUGCCCCCGCGCUGGUGCACAAGGAAGCGGAAAAGUCGCGAGACCACCUUGCGGCCGUGGACGACCUGGUCCGCCGCACGCGGACUUUCGAGCGCAUCGGCAAGGGCGCCAACGAGCAGCAGGUCCUGCAGCCCGCAGACAUGCGCAUCCCGCACCCGCAGCUCAUCCUGGUGGAGAAGGACCGCAUGGACCACCCGAACGAGUACCGCGAGCGGGUGAAACGGUACAACGAGCGGCUUGCCGACCAGGACGCCUCGGAGGGGAAACGCCGCGCGGUAGCCGUCGCCCGCAGGGAAGCCACCCUCAAGCACGUCGAGCCCGAGACUUCCCGCUUCCAGUUCCGCAUCCAGGAUGUCGUGGUCAGCCGCACCACGACGGGCAGGGACGGUCGUGGCCCCAACGCCCCGGGCCGUCGCUAUGGUGUUCCUUCCCAGGAGUGCAAGAAGGGGCAGGUCAAGAUUCCCACCGAGGUCAUCGUUUAGAUAUUACUAGCACCCUCGGAACUGUUUUUUUGAAACUAGCGUUUGUAUAAUAGCAAUAAAGCCAAAUCAAAUGUACCAUAUUAACCAUGCUACUGCUACCGCCUUUCAUACCUGAAUUGAAAUAAUAUACUAGGAUAUACAAUAGUUAUAAUAUCAUGUACAAAAUAAAAGUCCGUCCGGGUAACAGUAGAUAGAUAUCUGCAUCUCGUGUUCUGAUGCUCUGAUAAGAGGAGAAAAAAGAACAACAAAAGCAAGAGGCCGAGAUUCGAUACACACAGGAUAGCGAGGCUUGGGUAUCCAAUGAACAAGACAAGGAAAAAAAGGAAAGGAAAAGACAAAGAGAACAGGCCAGAAUGAGAGUUAUAAUAACACCGGACCGGGGAUGAAAAGAAGAACAACCUAGCUAUGGAGUAUCCUUCGGUGCCGUCACAACAGCAGCUGAAGCAGCGGCGGCAGCAGCAGCAUCCCCUUCGUGUGCAUUCGGGUUACU